AUGAGAACACCUCUUCUAAUUCCUAAUCUAAUCCUCAAAUGCUUCUCUAAAUUGUAUACUUUUCCUUAAGACAAUGAAAUUUUCUGUUAUUUUAAUUAUUAAAAAGAUUCAUUUUUUAUUCAUUUUUAAGCACUUGUAAAAAGUAAUAAAAAUUAGUAUUAAUAUUAAUAAAUAAAUUGUACUUAACAUCCUGAAACCCCAUUAUCUCUGAUCUGUAUCCCCCCUCAUAAAUGUUAAAGAAAACUUUGUGCAGAAUGCCAAUACUAACAUGGUGCAGAUAUGAAAUUAAUCAAUUAAUUAAUUUUUAGAGCAGGUGACUAAAAAAAUAUAAGGUUAUAAGAAAUGAAUAAAAUAAACUUCGUGUGAAGUUAAAAUAGCUUAUUACUUAUACAGAAAUUACUGUGAAGAAAUUGUGUGAAAAAUUAUCUUAAUCGAUUGAAUAGAUUUUUAAUUAAAGAUAAUAAGAAGAUGAAAAAUAUAUUUAGCUGCUCAAUAAAAAUCCCAACUUUGCUGAAUCCUCAUAUGCAGAUUUGGAAAAAUUAGUUUAAAUCUUAAAUGGUAAAAAUUUAAAUGAUGGGAACACUCAAUUAUAAAAUUUUAAUAACUAAUUAGAAUAAGAGGUUUAAGCUUUUACCUAAAAGAUUAAAGAAUAAAUAAAAGAAAUCUCUUCAAUAUCUAAGUGAUUAAUAAAUAAUAAUCUAUAUAGAAUUAAUCAAUCUAUAUUUAACAGGAACGUAGAGGACAAAGAAAUAUAAAGUUUCAUUGGAAUUGUGAUAAUUUCAAGUUGACCAGAACAUAAUUCUCAAUA